UGUGUUGUUUCAGGUGAGACAGGCUCCGGUAAAACCACUCAGAUCCCGCAGUACCUGUAUGAGGCGGGCAUCGGCCGGCAGGGCAUCAUCGCCAUCACUCAGCCCCGCCGGGUCGCUGCCAUAUCACUGGCCGGUCGAGUGGCUGAAGAGAAGAAAGUGCAGCUGGGGAAACUGGUGGGCUACACGGUGCGCUUCGAGGAUGUCACAUCACCAGAGACCAAGCUGAAGUUCAUGACGGACGGGAUGCUGCUGCGCGAGGCCAUUGGAGAUCCACUGUUACUGCGGUAUACUGUGGUGAUCCUGGACGAGGCUCACGAGAGAACUGUACACACUGAUGUGCUGUUCGGGGUGGUGAAGGCCGCGCAGCGCAGACGCUUAGAGCAGAAUAGAAUACCACUCAAGGUGGUGGUGAUGUCUGCCACUAUGGACGUGGAUCUGUUCUCUCAGUACUUCAACAAGUCUCCCGUUCUGUAUCUGGAGGGCCGACAGCAUCCUAUUCAGAUCUACUACACCAAACAGCCACAGUCUGACUAUCUGCAGGCGGCGCUCGUCUCCAUAUUCCAGAUCCACCAGGAAGCUCCGUCGUCUCAUGAUAUCCUGGUGUUCCUGACGGGUCAGGAGGAGAUCGAGGCUCUGGCGCGCACCUGCCGGGACAUCUCCAAACACCUGCCGGACACCAGCGGGAGCAUGACUGUGGUGCCGCUCUACGCCUCACUGCCACCUGCACAACAGAUGCGUGUGUUCCUGCCCGCACCCAAGGUCUCACACACUACACACACACACACACACACACACACACAAUAUACACUCAAACAAUCUAUACAAAUACACACACACUAUGCACAUGCACACUAUAUAAACAUGCUAUACUGUAAUGGUGUUGAAUUGUGUAGGGUCCCGCAGGCUGUAUGCAGCUGUGUUUGUCAGCUGUAUUCUCUGUGUGUCUGCAGGUGUAAUCUGGCCAGUGUGGUCCUGCAGCUCCUGGCUCUGGGUGUUCCUGACGUCCUCAACUUUGAUUUUGUGUCCAAACCGUCGCCUGAGUCGAUGCGGACGGCAGUGGAGCAGCUCUGUAUCCUCGGAGCCGUCGACAGGAAAGAUGAUCAUGUUUCUUUAACGCCGCUGGGCAAGAAAAUGGCCUGUUUCCCUCUGGAGCCUCGAUUCUCUAAAACUCUCCUGAUCUCUCCUGAUUUCUCCUGCGCUGAGGAGAUUCUGACCAUCAUCUCUCUGCUGUCUGUGGACUCUGUGCUCUACAAUCCUCCGGCCCGCAGAGACGAGGUCAUCUCCGUCCGCAAGAAGUUCAUCUCCAGCGAAGGCGACCACAUCACUCUCCUCAACAUCUACAGGGCCUUCAAGAAAGUCAGCGGGAACAAGGACUGGUGUCGAGAGAACUUUGUGAACAGCAGGAACAUGGGGCUGGUGGGAGAGGUUCGAGCUCAGCUCAGAGACAUCUGUAUCAAGAUGAACCUGAAGCUGGAGUCGUCGGUGUGUGAUCUGGCGAAUGUGCGCCGCUGUCUCGCUCACGGUUUGUUCAUGAGCGCAGCAGAACUGCAGCCGGACGGAUCAUACGUGGCUCUGGACACACACCAGCCCGUCAGCAUACACCCGUCCUCUGUGCUGUUCCAGGCGCGGCCGGUGUGUGUGUUGUUCAACGAGCUGCUGCACACGUCACGCUGCUACAUGCGGGAUCUGUGUCUCAUACAGACUGACUGGCUGCACGAGGCCGCGCCAGAGUACUUCAGGAGGAAACUGCGCGCAAUCAAGAGCUAACACACACACACACACACACUGGACACACACUGCAGCUUCACCAAAUGAUGCAUGAUGGGAAAUUGAGUCCUGACUGUUCAUCCACACUGAGGAAAUAUGUGACUAAUACUAGAAACACACACACACACACACACUCUCUCUCUCUCACGCACUCACAUACAUGCACAUGGACAGACAGACUCAUACACACUCUCAUUCUUACACAC